UUUCCAAACUCCUCUACAAGUGCAGGCGUCGCUGCGCCAGAGCCCAAAUGAACAAGUCCACUUCCACGAACAAUACCGCUUGCCAUGUGAGGCAGACGCACGAAGAGAAGACAGAAAUCACAUUUUAUUCGUUUGCAUAGCUGCGCAAGUGCUUCAUAGUACAUGUGCGAGCAGUGAAAUUACUGUUGAAAUGAGUGUGAAAGUCAUUGUUCUGGCAUGGGUAAGCGUCCUGGCAAUUACCGAACAAGUUGAGGGGGAAAAUCGGACGUGCGGUGACCUUGAGGUCUACGUCACGGAUGGCCGGCUGAGGUACGACCACUUCUGCAAGCCCUGGACAACGCUCAAGUGGCACCUUCGUAGGCCCCGCUGGUGUCUUUGCAAACAUGGAUACGUGCGGAACGCCUGGGGUCGGUGCAUCACCAUAGCGGACUGCCACCGAUGCAGUCACCAUCCGCACACAGACUACGACCCUUGUUCUUCAGCGUGCCCAGCCUUCUGCGACAAACCACUGCCUAGGAGGUGUACCAGAAACUGUGUUCCAGGCUGUGCCUGCGCUCCUGGAUUUGUAAGGCACCCUUACGUCCCAUGGGUUGAGUGUGUCCCGGUCACGUCUUGUGCGCCGCGGUGCCCGCCACACUCUACCUUCCACGUCUGCACGUCGAGCUGUGAGCCGCACUGCCACGCCCCAAAGCCGAGCGAGUGCAAGACCAGGUGCCAGAAUGGAGGCUGCGUCUGCAACGCCGGUUUCGUGAAGGCAUACAACUGGGGAGAAGAGAUAUGCGUGCCCUGGCACGACUGCCAAGUGACGAGACAUUAAACUUGAACUGCGAAACAGCAUUCCUUCUCAAA